CACGCGCAGCGCGCGCGGCUCGCGCUCGCUCAAGCGCUCGGCCAUCUACAACACCGACUCGGAGUCGGAGACGGCUGACAGCCAGCAGGGCCCCAAGGGGCCGCGGAAGCGCAGCAAGGCGGCCGGCCGGAGCGGACGGCAGCGAGCGGCUCGCGCGCCUGGCGCCGACGGACCGCGGCCGCCGCAGGAGCGGGCCCCCUUCACCACCAUGGGCGAGAGUCGGUGCCUGGUGCCCGGCUGCGACAGCAGCGGCCAUCUCAGCGGCCUCUACGAGAGGCACUUCACCCGCGUGGCCUGCCCGCUCUACCACCGCACCACAGACGCGCAGGCCAAGGACCAGCAGCUGGAGCGCGACAUCCGCGCGUCAGACCGCCAGAAGGCUCUGAACAAGUACCGCCAGGGCCAGGUGACGCCCGAGCAGAAGAACUACCAGUCGCGCAUCUCCAGUCAGCGCCGCCAGACGGCCGAGUCGACCGAGCGCAAACUGGAGCCCGUGGACGAGGACGGUGCGCGUGAGACGGACCUGGAGAACCUGACGCCUGCCUACGACCUGAUGCUCUUCCGCGAGGCGCAGGCGGUGGCCAGCGCGCGGAUCGAGGACGACCUGCGCAACCUGCCGGACACGCCCGGUCUGUACUCGAUCGAGAUGGGCCGCUUCGAGAUGGAGGUGUGGUACCAAUCGCCGUACCCGGAGGACUUUCCCCGCGGCUCCAAGAUGUACAUCUGCCAGUACUGCCUCAAGUACCUGCGCUGCCGCACGUCGCUCGAGCGGCACAACGCCAAGUGUGUGUGGCGCUUCCCACCCGGAGACGAGAUCUACAGGAAAGAGGCGCUCUCGGUCUUUGAGGUGGACGGCCGCCGUUUCAAAUCAUACUGCCAGAACCUCUGCCUCCUCGCCAAGCUCUUCCUCGACAACAAGACUCUGUACUUCGAUGUCGAGCCGUUCCUCUUCUACGUCAUGACCGUGGCCAACUCGGAGGGCUGCCACGUGGUGGGGUACUUCAGCAAGGAGAAGAACUCAUUCCUCAACUACAACGUCUCAUGCAUCAUGACCCUGCCACCCUACCAGCGUCAGGGCUAUGGCAGACUGCUCAUCGAUUUCAGCUACCUGCUGACCAAGACGGAGGGCAAGAUCGGCUCGCCGGAGAAGCCGCUCUCCGACCUCGGCCUCAUCUCGUACCGCAGCUACUGGAAGGACGCCCUGCUGCGCUACUUCGCCGACUUCCGCGGCAAGGUGGUCAGCAUCAAGGAUAUCAGCCAGGAGAUGGCCGCCAACUCUAAUGACAUCGUCAGCACACUGCAGGCAGUUGGUAUCGUCAAAUACUGGAAGAACAAACAUAUCAUCCUCAAGAAGCAGGACAUCUUCGACGAGUUCGAGGAGAAGCGGCGCCGGCGCGGGCCCGACCACAAGGAGAUCGACCCCAAGUGUCUGGUGUGGCGGCCGUUCCAAUCUGCCGACCAGGCGAAGGCGUCGUGACGCGACCGGCCGGCAGGGGCGCGGGGAUGAGCUGCACGCGCGGCCACUCCGUGACCCCGCCGUGUCGCGGUCGGCCGGCAGGGGCGCGGGGGUGAGAUGCCCCCCGCGGCCACUCCGUGACCCCGUCGAUUUGUGGCCACGAUCUGGGAACGGCGCGACUCAGCCGUCCACGUGGGGCGUACUACACGAUCCCCCUGCGGCAGGAGCGCGGCUCAGAGAGAAGCGGUGGGGAGGAAAAGACACCGUUCUCCCGGGCUUUUUCCCGGCGUGGUUUGGUGCGGCGGUCCGCGGUUCGAUGUCGCUGUUCGUGGGAUGGAGGUCGGUGGUCAGUUCUCGUCCCUGGCGCCGCUGGGUCCAGCUGCCGCCGUCUGCACGCCGGUGCCGGCCGGGCCCGGCGAUGGCGGCCGCCAUGUUGUUUGCGGUCGGUCCGUGGCGUGCACGUGUGGGUCCGCCCGACCCGGCGGGAGCCCCUCCUCCCGGAACAGCCGCGGCCGCAGCUGGUCUGGCGGCAUCCCCUCGCUUGGCCGUGUGUUCGUGUGUGUCGUCGAGCUCGCUCCAUCGUGCAUAGUCGUAGGAGUUGUGUGCUGUCUGAAGCACUCUGUCGCGUGUCAUCUGCUCCGCCGCCCGCGCCAUUGCGCAGUGUUCCCCGCUCGUCACAGUCUCACUUCGAAUACAACCGGAAACAGGA